AUGGACGAGGACCUGGUGCUGGCGCUGCGGCUCCAGGACGAGUGGAACCUGAUGACGGAGCGCGAGCGGGCCCUGGAGGUCCUGGAGGCCCAGGAGCCCCUGUCGCUGGUGGACGAGACGUGGGAGCUGGUGGACCCCACGCCGGACCUGCAGGCCCUGUUCGUGCAGUUCAACGACCGCUUCUUCUGGGGCCGGCUGGAGGCCGUGGAGGUCAAGUGGAGCAAGAGGAUGACCCUGUGCGCGGGCGUCUGCACGUACGAAGGGAAGGGCGGCAUGUGUUCCAUCCGCCUCAGCGAGCCGCUCCUGAAGCUGAGACCGCGGAAGGACCUUGUGGAGACCCUGUUGCAUGAGAUGAUACACGCCUAUCUGUUUAUCACCAACAACGACAAAGACCGGGAGGGGCAUGGCCCCGAGUUCUGUAAGCACAUGCACCGCGUCAAUUGCCUGACCGGAGCCAACAUUACGGUGUACCACACCUUCCACAGCGAGGUGGACGAGUACCGGCGCCACUGGUGGCGCUGCGACGGGCCGUGCCGGUUCCGGAAGCCCUACCUCGGCUACGUGAAGCGCGCCACCAACCGCGCUCCCUCCGCCAACGACUACUGGUGGGCAGAGCACCAGCACUCCUGCGGGGGCACCUUCAUCAAGAUCAAGGAGCCAGAGAACUACAAGAAAGGCAAAGGGAAGAGCAAGCCGGCAGCAGCGGAGAACAAAGAUAAGACGAAUGGCGUUGUCCCGUUUAGCGGGAGGGGACACGUCCUGGGAGAAACCAACAACUUACCGUCAUCAGGGAAGUCCCCCUCGCCGAGCGCUGCUAACAAGACCCAGGAGCCUCUAGGUCAGGACCACCCAACCCGAGCCGGACGACAGAAGCCUAAAACCGAGGUGAAAUUCGAGCAGAACGGUCCGAGGAAAAAUCCGGUCUCCCCCGCGCUGAACGCCAGCCGCCAAAGCACGGUGAGCAGCUAUUUCCCGCGGGCGGCCGGGGCCACGGCCUCCGCCGCUGCUCAGAGGCGGCCCUCCUCCGCCAAGGCCGCCCUCAGGAGCGCGCCCCCCACCCCUGCGGCCGCGGGGCCCCCCAGCAAACAGCGCAGGCUGGAGGACAAGACGGUCUUGGACAAGUUCUUCAUCAAGACAGAGAAGGUGCCGGGCGGUGGCGGCGAUCCCCGUCCUGCGGCUGCAGCGCCGACUCCCGGAAGCUCCGCCAGCCAGAGCGCAACGGUGGCCUGUCCCGUGUGUCAGGACCAAGUGCUGGAGUCUCUGAUCAACGAGCACCUCGAUCUGUGCCUUGAAGGUGAUGGCAGCCAAGUCAAAAGCAGACAUCUUUGA